ACUAAUUCACCGCUGGAGCUGAAAACUCAACCAUUACAUACAAACUUUUAAAAACUUAUUUAAACUUUAAAAAUUAAGGAGGUGUGAAAAACAUUGUGCAUAAAAAUGUCGGAUUCCUGUAAUUUUAAGCAUUUCCUCAAACGUAGCGUCACAAAAGUUAAAUUAUUGACAUCAUUUAAUUUUCUGAGUUCCGUGUCAACUUUUUGUCUUAAAGUUUUAUUAAUUAUCAUACUCUUACCAAUUUUUGUUUUAUUGAUAUGUCCUGUUUAUCUAUCGAGAUUUGUUGUGAUUGCUCUGAGUAAAUUGGUGCGUCCAGAUUUAGUCAAAAUACUCGGUGUGCGUGACAUGUUUUACGCGAUUGACGAUAUUACAACAUGUCCAAAAUCUUCAAUCGUCGUAACAUUGGUUUUCAAAGGGCAGCUAAAAAAGGAAAUGAUGAUCAAGUGUUUUGAGAAAAGUGUGACAAAACAACUUCCUAAAACGAAGGCUUUGAUGUAUCCAGAACUAAAGAGAUAUUUGGUGAAAUGGCUUGGCUUUGUCUUUUGGAAAGAGGACAAUGAAUUCUCUUCCGAAAAUCAUAUUAAAUACGUCGACACAACUCAAUUUAAAGGGGAAAUUUUAGAUGAAAAAGUUUUGUCAGAAAUUGAAAAGCGAUUAGUUCAGGAACCAUACCUAGAAAAAAGGAGUCCGUGGUGUAUCAACAUUUUACAAAAUUAUGUCCCUCAAGAAUUCACGCAAGGUGUUCAAGACGCCAAUAAAAACUUUGUAAGUGUUGAUUCCUCAAAUGUGGAGCAAUAUUCCGUGGCUUUGUUCAAAGUACACCACAGCUUCGUGGAUGGUUUUUCUAUUCUCAACUUGAUUAUGAGAGAGUUUGUCGACGUUCCGGAAGGCCAGCUAUCGAUGCCAAGUUUCCCCAAGAGAAGCCUCCUACGGACUCUGCUGAUCAAUUUGGUCCUUAUAUUUAAAGGCCCUUAUGACACGGUGUCAGAUUGCAUGAUGGAACAUGACACAAAUCCUUGGUAUCUCACCAGAGAAAGAGUGACCAAUAUUAUAAACUCUGCAACAUCGCAACGUAUUCCGACUCAAAAAAUCAAAUCCAUUGCCAAAGCGAAUUGUGCAAGUUUUACUGGAGUGGUCGUGGCUGCAAUUUCUGGAGGCAUUCGACGGUAUAUGCUCGAGCGUGGGGAGAAAGUCGAGCCAAAAUCUAUGUUCACGUGCCUGGCACCAUUUCCUGUUCAGGGUCAUCCCGAUACUUUAGGAAAUUAUGUGUCCGACUGUUAUGUAAAUUUCCCCAUCGGAAUUUCUGACCCAUUGCUCAGACUUAAAGAUGUGGAAAGACAACUUCAUGAGAUUAAGCAUUCGACUCUGGCUCUCUCAAGUUUCGCGAUGCAGCCAAUUUUCGGUGGUCUUUAUCAUUGGAUGGUUAAGUAUUGUAUGGAAUUUGCGAUGUCGAAAUCCACAGGAAUAUUUUCCAGCUUUCCUUGCCCACGAGAAGAGUCCAUGGGGCCUUGUGGGGCAGUAAUGGACACAUACUUCACUGGAGGACAUGAUAGCCCCGGAAUUGGGAUUCAAUUUCUAGCCUUAAAUUAUAACAAGGGUUGGAAACUCAAAAUUCAAGCGGAUAAAGGAACGCUUGCCAGUGAUGCGGAAGUGGGAGCGUUGUUGGCUCACAUUUUGAAAGAACUUGACAAUUAUGAAUCUAAUUCAUAUGAUGUUUAAAGUAUUGUCAAAGGAACCCCCUGUUAAAGGAACGGCAAGAAAUAGAGUACAUGCUUGUAUCUCCUUUUCACCUUGUCCAUGGUUUGAAUUACGUAAGCCUUUAAAAAUCAUUAAAUGUAAACCCCAACUUAAUCAAUUAGCUAUUCGCUUUGUCGAAGAAUUAAAUAAUUUAGAUGUUGAUAUCCAAAAAUUUGAAUCGUUACCAAUCAAUACCAAAGUCAAUGAGUUAAAUUCUUUAUUACUCUCAAUACAAACUAAAGUAUCGUGUCCUUAUGACAAGGUUAUAAACGAUGGUGAACCCAUUUGGAUGAAUAUUACAUUGAAAAGGUUAUUCAAAGCUAAGCGCAAAGCAAAAAAGAGUAAUAAUGUCAAGCUAGUUUUCGAGUUACAAAGCGAAAUUAAAACGCAAAUUUCCUUUGCUCAGUCUGAAGUGCGUAAAAAUUCAAAGAUAAGAUACCUGGUAUGAAUUCAUCCGAAUGGUAUCAUUUAAUUCGUAAAGUUUGUGGUCUAAAUCCCGUGUCUGCCAUCGACAAAAUUAAAUUAAUAGAUCUGAAAUUUAGUCAGCUAACUGAUAAAGAGCUAGCCGAUGUUGUAAAUUCACAUUUCUCACUAAUUUGUAACACUUUUGAUGAAUGUGAGUCUAUUUCGCUGUGUCCACUCCCUCUAGACUCUUCCCCUAUUAAAGUCAGUGCUCAUGAGGUAGCGAGAGUAAUUAGAAAACUAAAUAAGAAAAAGUCCAACUGUCCGAAUUUAGUCCCUACUGAGCUUAUAAAGUACGCUUCGAAUUUCUUGGAUACUGUGGGACCUGUUGGUCACCACCCUACUCAGUUGACAGCCUGCUACGUAAGUUGUCUCAACCUGAUGCUUGGGCCCUUUAAUAGCCAUUAUCCUCAAUGAAUCUUUUGCAACUUUUACUGUCCCUGAUUGUUGGAAAAUCGGUUUCGUCACCCCCUUACUCAAGAAAGUAACUUGUUCAUCACUUGAUGACGUCCGUGCGAUAACUCAAACUGACGUAUUUUCAAAAAUUGCAGAGAGUUUUAUGUUUGACAGGAUUUAUUCUCAAAUAAUUGAUAAAAUCAACGUUAACCAAUUUGGUGCUUUAAAAAAAUCGUCUACUGCGCAUUAUUUAAUUCAAAUUAACCAUUUUAUUUUAAAAUCAAUCGAAAUUCCUGGCGCUACAGUUUUAAUUGCUGCUAUUGAUAGUCUCAAAGCAUUCGAUUUAGUUGACCACUCGUUGUUGGCCGCACUUCUUGUUGAUCUUGGUGUACACGACAUUGAUAUUUUAUGGUUAUUAUCCUUCUUAAAAUUUCGUAAGCAGAUUGUUAAGUUUGAAAAGUCGUUUUCAAAUCCCAAGAGAUUAACAUGCGGUACACCAGCCGGUACCAAACUAGCUGCUCUUCUGUUUAUUAUCUUAAUUAAUCCGAUUCUGAAUGCAUUAAAAAUCAAAUUACUUGAUAUUAACCCCAAUUUUUGUAUAGCUGGAUACAUUGAUGAUUUGGUUAUUGCUGAAAGAGUUAUUGGUAAUGCACCCAAAUUGCAAUCUGCACUCAAUAUUUUGAGUGAAGAGUGUAAGGCAGUUAAAAUAACGCCCAAUCCUCGUAAAUGUGAAAUAUUGGUAGUUAAUUUUGGUGGAAGAAGAGUUAAUUUUCCUACUAAGUCCUUUUGUAUUGAUUCAGUUCCUAUACCCGUUGUAAAGAGCUUAAAAAUUUUAGGGGUGACUUUUUGCCCAAAUUUUAGUUGGGAUAGUCAUAUAAAAAACAUUGUUGCGAAAGCAAACUCUAAAUUAUUUCAGUUAAGAAAAUUAUUCAAUGCUGGCUUCUCCAGUAAAGAAUUAUUAAUAGCUUACGGUGCAUAUAUUCGGUGUAAUCUUGAGUAUUGUUCAGUUGUGUUUGGCUCUGGCUUGAACCAGAAAUUAGUUUACAAAAUUGAAAGUGUUCAGAAAAAAGCUUUAAGUAUAAUUUUCCGAAAACGAGUUGAUCAUUUAAAUUAUGUUGAAUGCAUGCAGGAAGCUGAGUUGAUAACUUUAAAUGAAAGGAGAGAAUUGGCUCUUAAUAAAUUUGCUUACAAAUUAUUUUUUGGUAGGUAUAGGCACUUUUUGCCGCAAUUCCAGCGUGCUUCGUGCAGUGGUGUGUCAUUGAGGUCAAACAAGGAUUUACUAUUUCAACCGGUAAUUAAGUCGUCAAAAUUUAAAAAUUCCCCCAUUAAUAUGAUAAUCAGCAAAAUCAAUGACGAAUGGAAAUCAAAAUCCACGGUUUUUGGCUUGUCAUUUGAAGCUCUAACAAAUUUGAUAGAUUAUAGCUAACUUUAUACAAACUAAGAGUAGAUAAUAUCUUACGUACAUAUAUAUUGUUAAGUUAAAUAUAGUAAUUUAGCCCUUAGUUAUUGUUAUUUAAUCAUUUAAAGUAAGUUAUUUCUGUUUGUAAGCUCACGAAAAUAGGCUAGUGUGCUAUGCUAAAAUUUCAUUUUGUGCAUUCCCUAGUAUUAGUAAAUGAGGGUAAUAAAGGCUAUUAUUAUUAUUA